UAUUGAUUUUUCAUUAUCGAUUGGCUAUUGCAUAUUUGUCAUAAAAUCAAUCAAUCAUACGUCCAUGGUUUUAAUUAGUUUCACGUUAAACUGUCACUUGGGCCGACAUCAAAAGCAUACGUGUGAACGUACUCAUGUUGGAGUGAGAUGGAAAAAACCGGAAAUCAGAUUUGACAAUUAUUUUGAAAAUUCAUUGGCGGGUUCCAAAAAUGGGAUAUGUUUUGACUACAAAGUAUCUGAAACUGACUCUGCGCGCCGAAACUGCGCACAAGCUUCUCAAAUCUGGCCGUCACCUGUAUUGAAAAGGUAAGAAGUACUCUGAGUGAAACAGCAAAGUAAAGUGAGUUAUAACGGGGGAAAAUUAACAAAAAAUGUAUUAAAAUAGUCAACGAAAGAUUUUUUAAUACCACCGAGAAUUGUCAUAAAUAAUUACAAGAGUAUAUUCUAACAAUAUUACGUGAAAUGUCAGCGUCGUCCGGUGCAUAAAUCGAGUGAUGUUCCAGGUUGUGUGCUAUAUCAUCUUGAACGACAAAAUUCAACAUUAAUUAAUCAGUUGAAUAUACAAAUAAUAAGACAAAAUGUUUAGCUUCCAUAAACCGAAAGUUUAUAGGUCAACAACGGGAUGCUGUAUUUGCAAAGCCAAAUCGAGCAGCUCCCGUUUCACGGAUAGUAAAAAGUAUGAGGAUGAUUUUAUGAAUUGUUUUCAAUUGAAAGAACGCCGCUCUGGUGAAAUUUGCAACGCAUGCGUUCUUUUGGUUAAACGUUGGAAGAAGCUGCCGGCCGGCAGCGAUCGCAAUUGGCAGCACGUUGUUGAUGCACGUGCUGGUCCUGGUAUUAAAUCGUUGACAAAAUUCAAAUCAAAGAAUAAAAAAAAAACGAAAGAAGCCGCCGAAAAAAUUAUUAAGAAGAAACACGUUUAUAUCAAAAGUGAACAGGAACGAGAACCAAGUCCUGCAAUUAGUGAUGAACUGAAUGAAUAUGUAAAUGGAGCAGGAAGUAAAGGAUCAAGUAGAGCAGCAACUCCAGAAGAAUGUGACGAUGUAAUGACUGAAAAACGAUUGACUGAAGUAUGCACUGAUGACAAAGAUGAGUUGUCUGUUAAUGACUUUAUAGAUAUGACCUAUUUUAAAAGAGAAAAAAUUUGUUGUGGAGUGAUAUUCCGAGGUCUUUAUGGUGAAGUCAUAGUUUGCCCAGAACUGAUUAAACGUUGCACCAAUUGUAUUUCUCGGCAACAAGAGAAACUCAGACAAGCAGAAUCGAAUGCUGCCAGCAAUAGUCCAUUCCACAGUUCAGCGUCUGCCAGUCCAGCUUACAGUGCAUCAUCUUCAUCUUCGUCAAGUCCUGUACAUAAUGUUGAUUCAUCAGCGGACACAACAAAAUCAACGAGUAAACUCUUUAGUGAUUCUUCAUCAGAUUCUGGAUAUGAUGAUUCUUCUAACCAAGGAGUUGGUGAGAAUAAAAUAGCUAAGGUUAGCAGUAUAAAUAAUGCUGCGAAAAUUUCUACAAGUAGUAAUAUUGCAACGAGUCAAUCGAAACCGACAUUGAUAUCGGAAACUGUCAGAUUAACUGGGGUAGUACCUAUUGCGGCAAAUCCCGUAGAACAAUUUACUUGUAAACCUUUAUCUUUGGUUUCAUCUUCAAGUCUCGGUAGUACAAAUGCCCAUCCAAUUGCCGUUCCAAAUAAUCCACUGAUCGAUUUUGCGAUGCAUGCCGCUGCAAGACAAUCUGUUAUUAAUUAAUAACAAUUUUUUACUAUAGGCUUGUUGAAUUUAUUUUUUUUUUCGUCGAAGUAGUUAGGUAAACAUAAGGCUCCAAUUGAUUGAACAACUCAUUGAAUUUAUGAUGUUGCAUUUAAUUAUUGGAGUAUAAUAAUUGAUAUUAAUUAGUAAUGACGAUGGUGUCGAACUGAUAAUCUUUAUUAUGUGUAGGUAUUUACCCCCAGAACAACAAGAUAUGUGAAACGGGAUUAUCUCUGAAGUCUCAAGUCAGACGAGUGAGAUUUCCUUAGGAAAAAUUUUAAAUAUUGAAAUUUAUUUAUUAUCAUGAUUGAAAGUAUUUACAAAUUAGUCGAUUCAUGAGUGAUUCUAGUAAAAAAAAUUAAGAUGAAUUAUUAAUUAAAUUAUAAAUGAAUAAAAAAUAAAAAUUGUAAAAGUUUAAAGAUGAAAAAAUUUAGAGAAAAUGAAAUUUUAGAAAAGAGAAACUGUGAUGAAUAAACUAUGUGGUAGAAAUAAUUUAUUCUAUUUAAAUAAUUAACAUUUGUGAUGGCAGCUAUAAAGCUAGCUCCAUUUUAAAAAUUAAGACGAUAUCCCAUUCACGAUAAGUUUGUUCUGGGCAAAUGUCUUUCGCAUGAGAUAAUUUAAAGAAGAAAACUUUUUAACAUUGGUAUCAGCCAUAAAUAAAUGUGUUCCAAAAAGCCAAUUAUUAUCUCAUAUAAAAAUUUAGAAGUAAAUAAGAGGAUCGACGCGAAAAUUCUUUUUCGAAACUUAUGUUUACUAAACUCAAAUGCAUUUCGGACGAGUCGCAACUUCCAUGACAUUUGAAUUAUUAUUUUUUUCGAGAAAAAGAACAAUAGCGUGCUCGGAUUAAUACGAUAUCAAGAAAAUUAAAAAAAAAACAGUAAACGAAUAUAAUACGAUGACCCAAUAAUUAUCAAGCAAUAAUAUUAAGAGAAUAAUAUUUAAUAUUAAAUGAGGGCCAUAUGUAUUAAAUAAACGAAAAAGUCCUCUUUUAGAAAAACAUUUGAGGCAGUAUUAAAAUAAAUAUU